AUGUCAGAAACUAAGAAAAGGAAGAUAUAUUCAUCACAAUCCGUCAAUAUUGAUUAUUCAUUAAUAGAACAGCUCAAUAAUCUACAAACUAGCAAGAAUUUAGUUUCAGAUUUAAAUAAUUUCAUAAAUUUAGGUCAAUUAAAUAAAAUUUUACCGGUAUGGUCAUACUAUUCAAGUACAAAUAAUCAUGGAAAUUUCAUAGAUUUAAUCAAUAAAAUAGUUUUCAUAACUGAUAACCUAAAUGAAGUACAGAAUGCAAAUUUAGUCACAGAAUUUUUUAAAAAUAUUUUACAAAAUCAUUUAAAAUUGAUAUAUAGAAGUCUUACCAAUUUAAGAAAUUCAAUAACGAUACCAACUUUAAAAAUAUUAACAAACAUACUAAAAUUUGAUUCAAGUUUGAGUAAUGAGUUUUUAAAUUCUAAUUUUGAUUUUAAUUUACCUGUCAUACCUAAAUUAUUAACUCCAAAUAAAUUUGAAAUUGAAAAUAAUGUUGAAAUAGCGGAGGGCUCAAUUAGAUUUUGGUUUUUGAAAUUCUUCAUCACAUUAUGUUAUAAAUUAAACUUCUUCAAUAGAUUUGAUUUACUAAAUAAUUAUCCAAAGAUUAUGAAAACAGUGUGGAAAUUUAUCAAUCUGGAUUCAAUAGAAACUAUCGAAUUUUUAGUUUCAUUCUUUGACAAGAAGGUAUUAGACGAACGUAAUUUCAAAAAAGCUCAAAAGUGUAAGAUAUUAAAUGAGAAUUUCAUGUUUAAAAUCCAACCGUUGAUACUAAAGAUCAAAGAAUCAUUUUUUUAUGAUUUCAUAAUUAAAUUAACAACUGACUUGAAAAAUGGUAUUUGUUUUCCAAAUGAUAAAUCAUUAUGGCAAAUAGAUAAUUCAAUAGGUGUUACCAUAGAUGUAAACAAUAAACAUUUUAAGAUUGCAAAUAAGUUAAUUUACACAUUAUUGACAAGUCUAAAACCAAAUGAAUCAAAUAAGAUUAUAAAUUUGUUAACUAAAAUUUGUGAAGCAAAUCAAGAAAUAAUACCUGCUUAUUUAAACUAUAUUGUUCAAUCUGGUGGUGGUUAUCAUGAUCCGAAUUUAACAACAUGGUGGAUUUCAUAUACUUUAUUAUAUUCAAAUUUGUUACAAAUUGAACCACCGAAAAGUAUUCAAAUACAAGGAUCCAAAUUUGAUUAUAAACUAAUUAGUGAAAAUAUUGCAUUUGCACCAUUAUCCAAGUCAGUCCUUACUGCAGGAUUAACUGAGAAACAACCAAACUUGAUAAAUCAGCUCACAUUACAAUUAAUAUUGUACACUUUAAUCAGAUUAGAGAAAUUUAUAACUGCUCUACAAUCAAGACAAGAACUAAUAGAUUUAGUAUUUGCUCAAUUACCUGAUAUAAAUCAAAUUUGUCAAUGUUAUCAACUACCAAAUAUUUCCAAUUUAUCAAAAAUCACCAUCCUUAAAAUUAUAUCAAGAUAUGAAGAGUUUAUUAUUUCAAACAACAAUAACAAUCUAAUCAAUAAGAUUGCAUCAAAUGGUAUACUUUCAAUAACUGAGAAUUUGGAUAAUAAUUUAACAAAAUUAGAUUUAAUAUAUUUGAACUUAUACUUGCAAAUUCAAAAGAAUCAAGAGAAUUUUAAAUGGUGGAACAAAAUCAAAACUACAAAUUCGAAUUACUCAUUCUUUACAAUUUUGAUUAAAUUAGCUACUAAAAACAGUGAUAAAAAUUUCAAUUUAAAGAUUUAUAAUUUGUUGAAUAAAUUAUGUGCUGGGAAAAUGUUAUUCAAUGAAGGUUUAUUAAUUACUCCAAUCAUGUCACUAAUUUACCUGCAACCUCAAAAUGAAAAAAUAUGGAAUUUAUUAGAUGAGACAAUUGCAAGAUGUAUUAGAGCUCCAUAUAAAUAUUUAGACAUUUCACAUAGUUUGUACCAUGAUACAAGUACAUUUAUAAUUUGUUUGAUUGAACAAUUUAAAUUUAUAAAAGCUGAGAAAUUCGAAGAUGAAUGGUUGAUAAGUUUUUUGAAAUAUUGUAUAUUAUUUGAUGGAGAUCAAAUUUCAAUUAUUAAACUAGCAGAAGAAUCCAAAUUAGAUACUAAAGAGUUGAAUUUUGACAUCACCAAGAAAAUAGAUCAAAAGGAUAGCUCCAUAAUGGAAAUAGUCUAUUCAUAUUCCACUGAAGACAUUAUUAAGAAUCCAAACUUAUUGGAGAAAAAGAUAAUAUCAUCCAAAUUAGACUAUUUAUCAAUCUUGUGUUUAAUUGACUUGAUGGGAAAGAAAACUAAGAAUCCAACAAAGUUACUCCAGAGUUUAUUUGAGAAAUUGUACAAUUAUUUGAUGUCUUCAAGUGAUGAAAACCUGGUUAAUUAUUUUUCGUCUGAAAAAGUUUGGAAAGGCUUAAUUGAAUCAUCUACAGCAUUAGAGUUUUAUAAUGAAAUAUUAACAAAUUUACCAAAUAUUAAUACUGAUUCAUUAGCUCAUUAUGUUGUUACUAAUUAUACAAAGAAUUUUGAAAGUAUAUUAUGGAUAUUGACGGAAGAUCAAUUAAACAAUCUCUUGACUAUUGAUGAUUUUAUUCCUGUAGUUUCACAAUGCAUUGUGAAGGAUAUUUCAGUUGACAAACUUACAUUUUACAAACUUUACAAUACUAAAGUUGAUGAAAGAAAUCAUCUAUUAGUCAAAUUAAUUGAUAGAAAUUUGGUCCAACUUGAAAAUACUGAAGUUGUUCAAUUUGUUGAUGACUUGAUUUCAAAUCAUGAAAAUUACUUUUUGAUACCUUAUAUAAUUAACAAAUUUGAUUUCAUAGUACCUGAUUUAUUGUCAAAAGAUAUCCAAGAUGAUUAUUUAAAUACCUUGAUUGUAUUCUCAAUGAUUAAAAAGGACGUUGAAGUUCCGGAAGAAUAUUUAUCUAAAGUAAUUCAAAUAAUAAUAAACAAAUUGAAUGCAAAUGCAUUAGGUGAUAUUAAAUGGAAUCAGAUUUUAACGAUUAUAUCAAAAACAAAUACUAUAUCAACUGAAAUUUGCUCAUUGAUAUUAUCAAAAAUACACUUUAAACAUAGUUUAAUUCCUGAAUUUAUUAAAUUUAUAUCUACUUUCGAGACGACUCCUGAAUUAUCAAAAUGGUUACAUCAAUCAAUGUUAUACAUAACUAAGAAGAUAGUUGAAUCAGAAACAUUAUCAUCCAAUUUUUAUCAAUUUUUAAAUGCAAUAGGUGAUUACUUAUUAAGUAAGAAAAAUAUUUGGGAUAUUGUCCCUUCAUCAAUAUUGAAUACUCAAAUUGAAGGUUUGUUAAGUAGUAAACAUUUACAAUCAUCGUCAUCGAUUUUGAAAUAUUUAGUUAAAUUAAUUCUAGUUUCACCAAAAUCUAAAAUUGAGUAUCUAAAAUUAUUUCAAAUUCUUAUAAAUUUACCAAAUAAUAAAUUAGAGAAAUUUCCAACUAAUGAAAAUGAAGAAAUUAGAUAUUACAUUGCAGUUCUUCUUUACUUAUUGUUCAAUUUUGAUCAUUCCAAAUUAUCUAAUUUUUCAACAAUGAUGAUCUUAAUUGAAAAAUUUUAUCUUGCAACUAAUAGAUUUGAAGAUUUGAUUAUAAAAACAAUAUUGAUUAAGAUAGAAUCAAAAACUGCUGUAUCAUGGGUAUCUAAAAUUUCUAACUGGGAAUUUAUUGAUGAAAUUAAUGAGAUUGAAUCUGACUUAGUUGGUAGAGAUAGAUUAAUAAAGAAGACUAGUGAUGGAAAUUUCACAAUAUUCUUGAACAAGAAUAUGUGUUUAAAUACAUUGAACUCAAUUCAGUAUGAAGUGCCAGAAUUGAAAAAGGACAAGAAGGCAUUUUGGAAUCGGUUAAAAGAAAUGAAUGAAUUAAAUGAAUUAUUAAAUGUUCAUAAAUUAUCUUAUGAUCUAGAGUUUUUAUUAAUGAUUAUAUUAAAUAAUGAAGAAUUGUUGCAAUAUUCAAACAAUGAAGAAGUGGUCAAAUAUUAUUUCAAUAUCAAGAAUUUAAUAGAUAAUGGAUUUUUACAAGUUAUUGUUUCAAAUUUGACAAAUUCAAAAUAUAAACUAAUCAUCAAAAUUAUAUUAAAUAAGUUAUUAAACUCAAUUGAUGAUAAUUUAUCAUUCAAGGAUAAACAACUAUACAAAGUUUUAAUAUCUACUAUCUUAUUCAAUAUAGAUAAAAACAUACCAUAUUUAAUCUUUUAUUUUUAUGGACAAUUAAUUCCAAUAUUAUCAAAUCCUGGUCAUUUCCUUUAUGAAAAAUCAUAUAGAUAUAUUUUAUCACAUCCAAUUAUAUCAACGUGGGAAUUACCAUUAUAUAAAUCAAUUAUACAACCAGAAGAUAAAGAUAAUGAACAUUAUUAUAGAGAGUUAAAAUGGUUUAUUGAAACAAUAACAAAUGGUAUUAAAACAGUGGAAGAUUUGAAUAUAUUGAGAAAAGAAGUUAUUGAAUUUAUUUUGAAUUUAUUUAAUUCAUACUACUUGAAUCCAAAAUUGAAAUGCUCAAUAUUUAAAUUAAUUUAUCAAAUACAAUCAAUUGAUCAAGGUUCAGAUAUGUUAAUUACAAGGUUUGGUAUAUUAUCAAAUUUAGAUUUAAUUAUCAAUGGUUUAAAUGAUGAUGGUACCAUUGACAAACAAAUCAAAUUGAAUAUCCUUGAGUUAUUAAAUAGAUUUAAAUUAAGUAUUGGUGAGAGUAAAAGGGUCAAUGAUUGGACUAGAUUCAAUCUAAACAACACAUUAAUUGCAUUGCAUGAUAAAAUUACCUAA